AUGGCAAAUACUUAUGUCACUACACCUGAUGGUUAUUACUGUCUUGCUGAACCAGUACAGUGCUAUGAUAUUCUGCCAGAGCAAAUCAACUAUCAGCUUCAUGACACUGAUUUUCAAGAAUCAGCUUAUUGCCAGUAUUCUACCUUCCAGUUUCCAACAGCUCUACAGUCCCAAUCUUUACAAAGUCAUUUCAACACUUACAGCUUGGACCCACAGUUCAGUGGUGGAGAAUGUGGAUUUGGUUCCUAUGAAUUAAAUAAACCCAAUUAUGUGGUUGACCAUGAUGCUAAAGAUGGAUACUCUGGAAUAAAAAGGUCCAGACUCACUCACUCUUCCAUUCGGAUUAAGCAACAGGAAGAACUCUGUGUAGUGUGUGGUGAUAAAGCAUCAGGAUAUCAUUAUAAUGCACUUACUUGUGAAGGUUGUAAAGGUUUUUUUCGACGUAGCAUCACCAAAAAUGCAGUAUAUCGUUGCAAGAAUGGUGGCCACUGUGAAAUGGACAUGUACAUGCGUAGGAAAUGUCAAGAGUGCAGACUGAAAAAGUGUAAGGCAGUAGGAAUGUUGGCAGAAUGUUUGCUCACAGAAAUCCAAUGCAAGUCAAAGAGACUUCGAAAGAACUUUAAACAGAAGAAUAGUUUUUGCUCUAACAUCAAAAUGGAAGAGGGAGGAGUAGACAAGCUUGUAUCAUCCACCACUAGAUCUGGAAAAGUGAUUCAGGAGAGCAUGGAACUAACUCAAGAGGAACAUCAGCUCAUUAAUAACAUUGUGGCUGCUCAUAAAAAAUAUACAAUUCCUUUAGAGGAAACAAAGAAAUUUCUGCAGAAGUAUGCAAAUCCUGAACUGAGCUUCUUGCGACUCUCAGAGACAGUGGUCCUACACCUACAGGGGUUAAUGGAUUUUACCAAGGGACUCCCAGGAUUUGAAAAUUUGACAACUGAGGACCAGACUGCAUUAUGCAAGGGAUCAAAAACUGAAGUGAUGUUCCUUCAUGGGGCCCAACUUUACAGUCAGAAAGAAUGUCUUUCAUCAGCUUCUGAAAGUAAAAAAGGCCAACCAACUCAGUCUUAA